AUGGAGAAGAUCCAGCACAAGAUGGUUCCUGUAAACGGCCUAAACAUGCACGUAGCUGAACUGGGUCAAGGUCCUUUAGUCCUAUUCCUCCACGGCUUCCCUGAACUCUGGUACUCAUGGCGCCACCAGAUCCUCUACUUGGCCGCUCACGGCUACCGAGCGGUGGCUCCGGACCUCCGCGGCUACGGCGACACCACGGGUGCACCCAUUAACGAUCACACCAAGUUCACCACUCUCCACAUUGUGGGUGACAUCGUUGGACUCCUUGAUGCUGUUGCACCAAACGAAGACAAGGUGUUUGUUGGGGGUCAUGACUGGGGUGCAUUCAUUGCUUGGUACUUGUGCUUGUAUAGACCUGAUAAAAUCAAGGCACUGGUGAAGUUGAGUGUUCCUUUUUUGCCGAGGAAUCCUUCGAUGAACAAUGUUGAUAAGCUUCGUGCUCUCUACGGAGAUGAUCUCUGCAUCUGCCGAUUUCAGGAACCUGGAGAUAUUGAAGCCGAGUUUUCCCAGAUUGGUGUUAAAAGACUUGUCAAGAAAUUUCUUACAUACCGCACUCCUGGUCCAUUUUAUUUCCCUAAAGAAGAAGAUGUUGAUUAUUAUGCCAGCAAAUUUGAGAAGAAUGGCUUCACCGGAGGAGUGAACUACUACCGAGCUUUUGAUAUAAACUGGGAACUCACUGCACCCUGGACUGGAGCUCAAGUGAAAGUACCAACGAAGUUUAUUGUGGGGGACUUAGACUUGACCUAUCAUAUGACAGGCAUGAAGGAAUAUAUACACAUCGGUGGGUUCCGGAAAGAUGUGCCAUUGUUGCAGGAAGCUACAGUAAUCGAAGGAGCAGCCCACUUCAUCAAUCAAGAGAAGCCUGACAAGAUCAACAAGCACAUUUAUGACUUUAUCCAGACGUUCUGA